AUGUCACACGAUUCUCGAGAACAGUCGGCUCGGCAGCUCCCACGCCGACGCUCAGCGGAAGACUGGGAGGACUGGCAGGACGACGAUGACGUGGUCACCCCCAUCGACCCAGAGGAACAGGCCCUCGUCGAAAGCCCGGCCUCCCCCGCGUCGAGACAAAAGUCCGCUGCACAGCAAGCCAGAGCAUCUUCCCAGUCUGCGAGCAACACCACCAGGAUAAAGCGCCUGCGAUCGAGACACAGACAGAAAGCCCAAAACGCAAAGGCUGGAAUCAGGCUCAUCACCGACAUGUCCAACUUCCGCCGGCAGAACCAACUUGCCACCCAGCUUCAGACCACCCACGACGCUGACGCUCCCAAGUUCGUCGACGCCGCUGCUCUCCGCGCCCUCGAGGGCGACCCCAACUCGGCUUCGGUCGGAAACUGGAACUGGCUCAGGAAUCAAAAGGGCAAGGUCCCCGCUUCCGCCACACCCCAGUCUGCGUCCGCUCGCACACCUUACGCCCUCACUCCCGGAGACGCCCCCAUCAUGAUUGGCAUCUCUCUGCCCUCGGAGGAGACAGGUGCCUCCUCAGAUGAUGAUAGCCGUACAACGCCCACCGCUGAGGCGCUGACGUUCCGCGCCCCAGUCCGGGCGAACGACGCUGAUCGUGGGAACCUGCCGGCUCAGGUUUCCCCGUCGUCGACCCCAGCGACUACCCCGAUCCGCCAACAGAUAUCAGUGUGGUCGCCAGACACGCCAGACACGGCAUCCUCUAAGGCAUCCCGUGCCGUCUCUAGCUUCUACUCGCAGACAACCGACGCGACUUCUUCCAGAAAGCCCGUCGACCAGGACGUCCCUCCCGUGCCGGCCCUGCCGUCCACGUACAAGAAGACACAGCAUCAGAGGCUUAUCAGCCUUGAGAUUGGCAGUGCCAACAAUGACGAUGAUGAGCUCGGAACCCCCUGUACCCUGUUUGAGGAAGACGGCAGUCCGAGCCCCCAAAAGCAGGCCAAGCCCAAAGGGCUGGCCCCCGGUUUCACACCUGACAGCGCCAACUCCAGGUCACACGGAUGGUGGGACCAUGUCGUUACCCCAUUCAUGGACAGACGCUUCACGUUUGCGAGCCGCAGGACCAAGGCAGAUUCGCCCAACUCGCCUGCUACCGCCAACACGCCGCGUGACUACCACGCGCAGACCCAGAGUCCUCUUGCCCAGCAAGAGAGCGUCGGCGAGAAGCAGCCGCUCGAGCAGGCUCUGCCCGUGCCCCGCGCAUCAACGCCGCCCAUCGUCCGGGCGCCGACGCCGCGCCGGACACCGACGCCACCAGCAAGGCCCGAGACGAGAGAUGUUCCACAGCCCCUGUCGCAGCCGACGGCACUCGGUCUCGGCGAUGCUACGUUGCCGUCGGAGAAGCCGACUAUCGUGGUGACACCCGAAAUAUCGGGCGAAACACCGCCUCCAUACUCCCCACCGCGGAGGCUGAAUGAAGAGGGGGAUGGCGGACCUGUGCGGUACCGUGCCGUCCCCCCCCCGGAGCACCCACUGCGGUCGCAGUUCCUACCCUCUCCAGGCCCCGGAUCUCCCGGUCUCGCGGCCACGAUGACAUCCCAGGGAGCCACGCCCAUGACGGAUAUACCCAUCACGCCGACGAUCCCCAGGGAGAUGCCCUCGCAACCGCCCGUGCCCGUGCCCUCUCGGCCGAUGGCAUCCAACCUCCCACAGGAGCACUCUCACGAUGCUCGCGGGUCCGAGCACAGGGUUGAGCGCGAGCGCCGCCGCCACGAAAGGGAGGAGACCUUGGCGAGGAAGCUCGGCAGCUUCUGGCGAGGCCGCGGGUGCAUCCCCUCGCACGGGUGUCUCGGCCGUCCCGGUCGCGAGGGUCGUAGGAGGAGAAGGGUGUACAUGGGUGUGCUGGCCACGACGCUGGUCCUCAUCAUCCUCUCCAUCGUCCUCGGCGUCGUCCUGACCCGUCCCAGACACUCCUCCGACCCGCCCCCUUCCAUCUGGGUCAACCUGACCGACUUUCCACCCAUGCCUACCGGUGUCCUGACGGUGGCUGGCCCGGAAAAUACCGUAUCCAGAGACGGAUGCACUGUACCUGAGACGAUAUGGAGCUGCUCACUGCCCAAGGAGGAGCACGACUCCGUGAGCCCGUACGACGCCGACCAGCCGACCAUAAUCAUGCAGAUCCAGUGGGACAACAGCACGAGCAAGGAAUGGGACGUCCCCGAUGGCAGGAUUCCCAAGCCGGACGUCUCAGCCCGGGACGUCCACUCACGUCGGGCGACAGAGUUCAGCCCAUCUCCCGAGCCCCCGACUUUCGCGGACAUGUGGUUCCUGGGUAACACAACCGACGGCGUCAAGUCGGACGACAAGGCCGGCGAGCCGGCGCCCUUCUACAUCAGCGUGCUCGACUCGACCGACGGUGCCGUCGAGCAGCCCGGACUGGCCAGGCGCCAGACGACGGUGGGCGACGAGCUGGUCAAGGACCUUGUCGACCCUCCGGACCUGCUCGCCGACGGCACCCCUCAGCCAGCCCGGAUGCUCCCGGAGGUGAAGCAGCAGCCCGUGCGGCUGUUUGACCGGGGCCUACCGACGGAGCACUACGGUUUCUACACCUACUUUAAGCGUACCAUCUUCGUCAAGUCAGUGACCAGGGACGACGGCGGCGGGGCCGUGCCCGCUGACGAGAAUGGCGGGUGCACCAAGACCGAGGCCAACCACCUCGUGACGUGGGGCCAGACGCGCAUGCUGGUGCAGAUAUGGACGCGCAAGUCUGGAGACGUAGACCACGGCGUCAAGCUCCUCAGCAACGCCAGCCAGCCCAGCAUAGAUGGGAAGGCAGAUCUCACCCGCCCCGGAACGAUGCCCUACCCCGUUACCGUCAGCCUAGACACGCACGGCGGAGACCCUGAUGAGAAGCUCGUGUGGCAGUGGCCCAUGAAUAGCAGGCAGAAGCUGGAUACGGAAAACCCCAAGCUACUGUCCAACGACAUCUCGUUUGACGGCGAGCUGAUCAACCCCCGUAAGGAUAACGAUACGUCCUUUGGAGGGUUCGAUGGUGGGACGGGGGGAUGCAAGUGUGUCUGGGUGAAUUGGGAGUAA